AUGACACCAGUGUCCUCCACAGGUGCUUCAUUCGUGGAUGAUUCGACUACUGCCACUGGAUUGCUGGACUCUACCGAUGUGUUCACUGAGCAUCUAGUAUGUCCCAUAUGCGACGAGGAUAUGAUCUCAUUGACCCAGUUGAACAGACACAUUGACGAUGAGCACACUGAACGUACCGAGUCUAAGGGCUCAAAAAAGCGCACACCUCAGAAAAAGACAAUCAAGCUAGAUCUUUUCGACAAUAGCAAUGGGUUUGGUCUCAGAGACUCUAUCGGGGACACUACCGAGGGAGUGUCUGGAGCAGGACAGCAACAUAAGCUAACAAGAUCCCACUGGAAACAGCCUCUCAUUGGGAAACCUAAUCACUGCUCGGAUGAAUCCUGCAAAAAGCUUCUCAACGUUAAGAAUGGCAUAGUCAAUUGCCGGAAGUGUGGAUUACUUUACUGCAAUGACCACACUCGAUACAAAGUAAGGUUAAGUGAUAGCAGCGAAAAAGGCGGUGUGCCGCAGUACGAUUCAUUUGGAAUUUUUGCAAGAUGCUGUGAAAAGUGCUAUUACAACAAAGCUCUGAUCAGAUUAGGAACUCAGGUAAACAGCCGUGAUUUGACUGAGGACUUCUUCCAGAAAAGAAAGGAAUGCAUUGCCGAGAAGCAAUCUAAGAAAGACAUACUUCAAAAACGUUUUAUUAAGCUCGCCCACCUUAUGAGUGAAAAUUACUUGUGGCACAUCGAGAACAAGACUUCACUUUUCCUGAUGAUUAGUGCACCAAGACCACCAUAUACAAAAGAGGAAUACUUGGAGAAAGAAAAAGAAAUUGUCGGAUAUGAAAAUUGGCAGAUCGACAGCCAGAUUACCCACUGCCCAUUGUGCUUCGUUCAAUUCAAUUUUCUCAUUAGAAAGCAUCAUUGCAGGCUAUGCGGGACAAUCGUUAGCGAUCUCGCAAUGAACUCUGACGAUCCAUCUGCAUUCUGCUCGUUAGUAGUGCCAGCUGGUAUAUUCAUGAAAAUGCUACCGACGUUGAACUACCUGCCGCUUGUUUUGAACAAUUGGAACUCGCUAAUACUGCUAGACCCGGAGUCUUCGAGGUAUGCAAGUCUAUUUUCCUUUAGGUGUUGUAAGGCGUGCAAGAACACAAUAAUACCAAAGGGCCAUGGUGAAGACACAAAUGAAGCUGACACAAUAUUCGCAACUUACAACGAGCUUUUAAUCCUAAAACAAAAUAUAUCACAUAGCAUGCCGCGAUAUGAAGCGAUGGUGCUGGAAAACCUUGAUCGUCAGAAUGAGCAAACGAAUAGGUUACGAGCGAAACUCAUGAAAUAUCUCAAGGAUUUUGAAACAGUCACUGCAUCCUUUAGACGACGGGCCUUUCGUCUUGACCCUCAGACAAAAAAGCAUGUACCCGUGACAAAUCCGACACUCGUUUCAAAUAUGUACAAGCUGAUGAUUAAUUUCUUGCAAGAUUCAUUACUUCAAUUCAAACGUACUAAUGAUUCCUUUCUGAAUUUGGAAAGGGAGCGAUUGUCUGGUCAGCUUGGAGGGAUUUCAGUGUCUUCAAAUACAGUGACAUCACCAGUGUCUUCGUCAGCUAGCCCAGUCGACCAAAAGCCAAGGCUCACAAAGAAACAAAUAAGGGAGUUACGAGAGGAACUUAUGGUUGUAAGUGAGCAGAAAUUCUUGGUAGAGCUGCAAAUUGACGAUGCCAAAAAAGGAAGAAGAUUUGAUGAGAUCCCAGCACUUUCAGAUAAUAUCAGUGAGCUAGAAAAGCGCAGGCUGGAGCUCGAGAAAGAAUUGGGUGAAUUCGGCUUUGACUAA